CAACAUUAUCACGUGGUACACCGGUGCUCUUUUCAUUUUUCUUUGCAGAAAUAUGAUUCAAUUUAUACAUUGUCUUGUGAAUAAAUAAAAGAAAACAAGAGAAAUUUAAUAUUUCUGUAUAGACCAGGCUUUGGAUUUAGACAAAAUUUGAACGGAUUAUCUUUACUGAUCCAAUUUCACCCAGCACCCGGAAGUCACCAAUGAGCAAGAUGACAUUUUGAUGAGGUGACAGCCAACAUUCAUGGGUGAGACCUUUCCACUUAAAUAUGGAGGACACAAAUAGUGGAAAGAAAUCUCUUAGUUUUCAGAUGCAGAUAGGUUUAACGCGAGAUCAAAUUAACGUAGAAGGAGAACUCACAUUAGCCAGUCUAAAGGAAAUAGCAUGUUCUUUUGUCGACAGGAAGUUUCCUGAACACGGGUUUUACAGUUUGGUUGAUAAGAUUUUACUGUUUCGUCAUGACAAUACCAGUCCAAACAUACUAGUACAUAUUUCCAGUCCAACUGAUGUCAAAGAUGGAUGUCUUGUGGAAAUUGUAUUAUCAGCACAAACAACAAUGGAAGACUUACAGAUCAAGCCACAUCUACUGUUUGUUCAUUCCUACAAAUCACCACAUUUCUGUGACUUCUGUGGAGAGAUGUUGUGGGGACUUGUCAAACAAGGGUUGAAGUGUGAAGGUUGUGGCUGGAAUUUCCAUAAACGUUGUGCCUUUAAGAUUCCAAAUAAUUGCUCAUAUGACAAACAGCGGCGACCAUCAUCCAGUAGUAUCACAUAUCCCAACCCAGUGCGAGAGAAAUGUGACUCGCUAGCAGUGGAAGGCACAGCACAGGUAGAAUCAGGAAUACCAUACGCACUUAUGGUCUCUGGCCAACCAUCCUUGUCAUUGAGUUUAGGAGGAGAUGCACGCAGUAAUCGUUCCAAAUCUUGGAGUGGCCGACCAAUUUGGAUGGAAAGAGAAGUCUUAGGUCGAAUUAAAGUGCCUCAUACAUUUGUUGUGCACAAUUACACGAGACCAACAAUUUGUCAGUGGUGUAGAAAACUUUUAAAGGGCCUGUUUAGACAGGGUGUACAAUGUAAAGAUUGCAAGUUUAAUUGUCACAAAAAAUGUGCCCCACAAGUUCCAAAGGAUUGUGCAGGGGAAUUACCAAAAGUGGGAUUAAGCCAAGAACAGAGUAUAACAUCUGAAAUGGAUGGCUCUGUUGAUACUAAUUAUACAGAUAUACAGGAGGAUGAAAUGCCUCUACAAGAAGAAGAUGACGAGGACAAUACUCAACAGAAACCCCCUCUUAGUCCUACACAAAGCAGUAACAUUCCAUUAAUGAGAAUCUAUCAAUCAGUCAAACACACCAAAAGAACGGGAUCAAAGGUUAUGAAAGCAGGUUGGAUGGUUCACUUUACUCAGAAUGAUCAGCAGAGGAAGAGAUACUAUUGGAGGUUGGAUUCUAAAUGCAUUACAUUAUUUCAAAAAGAAGACUCGCCUAGAUACUACAAGGAGAUUCCAUUAUCACAUAUAGUAAACAUAGAACCAGCCAAACUACGACCAAAUGCAGACCCAAGCAAAGGACCACAUGUUUUUGAGAUGAGGGUCAAUUCCACAGUAUACUUCAUUGGUGAAGACCCAACUUUUGGAGGCAGAGAGGGGGAUAUUGUUGCAUCGCCUGAAAGUGGUGUUGGACUAGAACAAGCCAAGUAUUGGGAACAUGCUAUCAGACAGGCACUGAUGCCAGUAACACCAACAUCCAGUGUUGUAGGAAAUUCAUCUUCAGAGAAUGGUACGAACAAGGAAGAAGAACAGGAUAUAAGUCAGCUAUAUCAGAUAUAUCCUGAUGAUGUAUUAGGCUCAGGACAAUUUGGUAUUGUAUAUGGAGGUAAACACAGGAAAACUGUACGAGAAGUAGCUAUAAAAGUGAUAGAUAAAUUGAGAUUUCCUAACAAACAGGAAGCACAACUUAAAAAUGAAGUGUCCAUUCUACAGAAUCUUCAUCAUCCAGGUGUAGUUAACUUAGAGAAAAUGUUUGAAACUCCAGAAAGAAUUUUUGUAGUAAUGGAAAAGCUACGUGGUGAUAUGUUAGAAAUGAUAUUAUCUAGUCCAAAAGGUCGUCUUAGUGAAAGAGUCACUAAAUUCCUCAUUUCACAAAUUUUAGUGGCACUCAAACAUUUACAUUCGAAAAAUAUAGUGCAUUGUGAUCUUAAGCCAGAAAAUGUUUUAUUAUCAUCAGAAACAGCAUUUCCACAGGUAAAACUAUGUGACUUUGGAUUUGCCAGAAUUAUAGGUGAAAAAUCAUUCAGAAUAUCAGUAGUAGGAACACCAGCAUAUCUUGCCCCAGAAGUUUUAAAAAGUAAAGGUUAUAACCGAUCUCUAGAUAUGUGGUCUGUAGGUGUUGUUAUAUAUGUAAGUUUAAGUGGAACAUUCCCUUUCAAUGAAGAUGAAGAGAUCAGCGACCAAAUACAGAAUGCAUCAUUUAUGUACCCACCCAAUCCAUGGAAGGAAAUAUCUCAGGAGGCCGAGAGAUUCCUUGGGACAAUUUUUAUAACUAAUCAAAGAUCACGACCUUCUUGUAAAAAGGUCUUACAGCAUCCUUGGUUAAAACAGGACUAUCAAACAUGGUGUGAUCUAAGGAAGCUUGAAGAACAAGUUGGACACAGAUACAUUACACAUGAAUCUGAUGAUGAUCGUUGGGAGCAGUUCCGUAAAGACAAAGCUCUAAAAUUAUGGCAGGACAUAGGAAUGAAAGGUGUGAAUGAAACAUAUAAUCUUAGCAAAUCUCGAGGUGAACGUAACAGUACCAAUGCAUCAUGAUAUUGCACAAUGUUGUUAUUUCUUUUCAUCACAGUGGUCACAAAAAUUCUGAAAAAUAUACAUCUAUUUCUGAGGAAACAAAGUUUUUGUGGCUGCUGCUUCUCCCACAUGAUUAUAAUUUAAAACUUAAUUUGAUUAGUAAAUUUUGGUUUCAUUUCUAAUGGGUGUUCAAAAUUUAGCAAUAAAAGCAAGAAAGUCUAUCAAGAAACUUAAUCAUGUGGGUGAUGUUUUUUUUUUAUCAAUAUUGUAGACUUAUUACGCACAGAAUGUAAGAAAAGACCUUUUCCUAUAACAUCUUUUACCACAUUAAGCUGUGUCUGUCUCAAUAGCUUCAUAUUAGUGGUGUUAAUUGUUCACUUUAGUAAAGAAAAGUUAUGUAUGGCCUUAAAAAAACCCUCCUUUCCAAUAACUGUUAUUGCAAGGAUUUUUUUUUACUUAAACCUAGCAUUUCUUUCAUUUUCAUUCCUGUACUAAAAAUGUGAUUUAUAUGGAAAUGGUAUUUGACUAUUUAGAACAGCUGUAAUAGUACAUUAAAAAAAACUUCAUCUUUCUGAUUUUACACAAUUAAAAAAUUUUGAUAAUUAGCUAAGUUUUGUUAAGUUAUUUCCCUUAGAAUGUUUUUUCUUUUAAAUUAUUAAAUUAUUAAAUUUUUAAAAUUAGAUGAAAAUAUUAUAUAACUUAUGUCAUACUAUAGGUAUGCCUAGAAGGAAGAGUAAAAUGUUUCUUUACCCUUUAAAACUUGUGUAUUUUCUUAGUGAAAUUAUUUACAUGUUUUGAUUUUUCUGAUUUCAAAAAAUUCAAGUUAUCAUCAUCAGUGCAUUUUUUUAAUGCAGAACUACUUAGAUUUUCAGCGUUUUUCUACUAGUUAUUUGGUGACCAUUUAAGGAAAAGGUCUGGUAUUUGGCAUGCAUUUUAAUAUUGUUUAUUUAUUGUACAUUCACUAUGCUGGUCGUAACACUGUUGUGACGUACAUUUAUAGUUACUGUUAUAUUUUGUUAAAAACUAUAUAUGUAUUUUCAAAUUUUUAUCUCAGUAUUUAUCUGUUUGUAUGCAUAAUUUUUCUGCAUCACUCAAAAAAAUCAAAAAUCUUUUAUAAUGUUGUAUAUAUUUUAUAUAAAGAUAUAUGGUGUUGUUAAUAUGUGCAGAUUUUUAUCUUUUUGUUUUUCCAUUUUGAUGUAUUUGUUUAUUAUUGUUAAAUGGUCAUUUAUUGUACAUACAGUUUCUGGAGGAUAUGUAAUCGUCAUUAGUUUCAGGGGGAGAUUAUCCAUCAGGGCAAUUUUCAGGAUGAAAUUGUUUUAAUCACCAUAAGUGCUGUAAGUGAUCAGUGGUUAAUCUCUUAAUACCACUGUAUAAAUGAAAGAUAGGGCAUUAAAAUGGUUGAAUGCCUGCUAUUAUUCAGUCAACUUUUGAAUAUUAAUAUUAUAUAUUUAUUAAAUACAAAUAUAGUAAGUUACUGUUAAUAUAUCUGCUUACCCUUGUAAAUUAAAAAUAAAAACUUGAUGAAAUAUUGUUUACCUAUGUUUUAAUAUUCUAGUCACAAUUUAUAUGUCUAAUUUAAAGUAAAAUGUAAAUAUUUUUGAAGAUUUAUUUGGAAAAGAUUUGAUCAAUUGAAAAAUAACAUAUCUUUGUGUAGCUUAAUUGUUAAUUGUGGCUUUUUAUUUUUUUCAUUUGAAAAUCUCCCUUAUUAAAAACGAAUUGCAACUAAAAGUAUAAAUGUUUGAUAAAAGGUGUAACAAUUGGUUUUAAACAUAAAAUCAUCAAAGCUAACCCACCGUAUAGAAUCAAAAACCAAAAUAAUCAAAUUGUCAUACUUAAAUGUCCAGUAGAAUUAAUACGUUUCUAAUGACUUUGUAACAUAUUUCUGUGUUCUCCCUUGGAUUUUAAAAUUUUGCCUACUUGAAAGGAAAAAAACCCACUUUUAUAUGAGACUGCCUUUUGGUUUACAAAUGUAUUCUUCCAUGAACGUACCUUUUAAUUGUGUGAUAGAUAUUUUCAUAGGAAAGUGGUUAUGUCAAGUCCCCUUGUAUCAUAAAUUGUUAAAUAUAUUAUUGACAUUCAGAGAGUCAUCCAUUAACCAUAUAAAGAUAUAUUCUUAUUUGCAUGCCAAUGUCUAUUCAUUACUGAAAUGUGUUUGUUAGGCCUCCUGUUUACCUGAAUGACUUCUUUAGAUAAAGCAGAGACAUUAGUUGUGGUGAAACAGUUCAAGCUAGUUCCAUGACAAUUAUAAGCCUGCAAAAAAUAC